AGCCAACUAUAGAGGGUUUUGAACAGCCUCUAUUUCCACAUAGCCAAGUCUUAAUUAAUUGUGCUAUGUUAUUAACUCAUUAGGUUCUUUUGUGACGCACAAUACAAGCAUUUGUUUUCAUAAAAUUUAAAUUGGAUUAAUAGAGCAACAAAAAUAACUUUCGAUUUAAAUUUAUGUUUGGUCGGAUGGCAUUAUGGAUGACAUUUUUUUUAUGAAUUUUAAAUUUAAAAAUAGGGCAACUAAAGUACCUCUGGCUAAAAAAUAUGCUAUAUACCAACACUAACCCAUGUUAAAUGUAUCUCCCUAUCUUUUCUAGAACUUCUCCUUUAAAAUUAACCAACCUUCAAGUGACAGUGCCACCUGUAGUUGACUCAUGUCACACCUACUUCCCAUAUUGUCUUUGAACCUGAAAGCGGUCCUAUGACUUUCUAGAGUCAUGGCCACAGUAGGCUGGUGUCGCAGACGCAGUGCUCGCUAAUUAGUCGGGCAGGCAUAAGUAGGAAACCCACCGAAGCACGUGCUUUUUCUCACUUCUCACUCCAACUCAUAGCCAUACCUGUAUGCCCAUCUCCCUGGGCUGACAAAGCAUCGUAUAACGAUGCCAUGACACUGAAGCUGUUCGAAUCUCGGCGGUAAACGCUGUCAAGAGCUCGAGCGGACAGCACAAGAAGCGGCAAAAUGAACCUAUUAGCCAAGAUGAUAGUUUUCCUUGUGAUCCUGGAAACGGUGGCUGCAGUGGAUGCCAAUCUCACUGCAUGGCGACAUCACAGGCGACAGAAGCGCUUCCUGAUCUAUCAGAACGGUGGCGUUGUCAAGUUUGUUUCCGGUUGUGCAUUUCCAGUGCCGUUUAUGGAGAAAAAGGUCUGGCGACAGUUGGUCUGGCUGAUGAACUUCCACUACCAGUUUAGUGAGCCGCAAACGCCCAUCUACUGGUGGAAACUAUGGGACAGUUCCCGAAAUCUCAAUGGUCCUUUGACCAACCAGCCAGCAGCUCCAUCGAUUCCAGAUCGUCUUUCGGUGGAUGAGCCGCAGCUGUUGCUCUUCAAGUUCGCCGAGGGCUAUAUGAAUCAGUUGGGUCAGAAUGGGAGUGCCUGUCUGGAGCGACUGAUCUGCGAGAAUGGUCAGGUGGAUGAGCACAGUGGUCUUUAUGCGCAAUUGCUGCACAGGCUGUUAAGACCACAUCGAACACUGGACAGGCGAUAUUUGGAUGCCUAUAGGAUGGGUCGACAUGGCGUCAACUGUCGCAGAGCUUUUCCAGAGGCCCAUCACUGCGUUUUAGACAACUACGUACACCUCCAUGAACGGGGACCCACACAGAGUUUUCUUUAAGGUCUAGU